CAUCAUGUGGUGGGCUUUCCCCGUUCACGCAAGGCAUUGUGGGAUACAAAUUUGAAACAGGAGGGAACAAUGGCCGACAUGAGUGUGCGAAUGAACCGUGAAAGACCAACCACAGUAACAGAAAGCGAGAAGAAAAACAUUAUGUUGUGAAGGAAAGGAAACAGGACCAAACUAAUAAAUAUCGGCAGUCAGCGAGCACCUCGGUGUGAUCAGCUGUUUGUUUAGCAACAGAAUGAGUGCACGGUCAAGGUAAACCUGUAGAUGGGAGUAAUGCAACACCGGAUACCAGCUGCCAUAAAACCUGAAAGAUGAAGAAGACGACGAUAACUCAGGGAAUGACCCAUUCGGCUGAAGUCUUUCAACAUUCAUCAUUUACACAACACAUACCAGGAAAAUGAUAAUGGAAAUAUUUGUUUCUCAUCUUGAAUAAGUGCUUUCAAAAUCAGUGCAAUUAAAAUCCAUAGGUAAAUUAGCUCUGUAAAGUCAAAAUAAAAAUAAAAUUUAAGAGUAGAGGCAUUGAUUGAUUUCUAUUUCCAAUAUGACAGAGAACCUAUAUGAGAUCAAUGACCUAACUAAUGGCAGUAGCAGUUUAACUGUCACAAGAUCUGGUUAUGCUGUACAUAGUACAACCUCAUUACAACCAUCACCAGUGUCUCCACAUGUUAACCAAAAGUAUAUGCUAUCCCCUACUACUCCACAAAAUGAACUUUCGCCGCUACUUGACAUACCACAUGAUGAAGGAUCAUGGGAACAUAAUCAACUUGAGAAGUCUGCGUCUUCCAUGUUAACUGAGACUAUGAAUUCCCAUGUUGUCUACCCCUUCAAUGAAUCUUUACAUGGACUAGAUUCAUUUUCCAAGGCCUUUCCUAUAAAAAAUCCCAAUACUGCUUUUGUUAACACUGUAAGUGACAAGAGUUCAGAAGACAAUCAAGUGUCAGAGAUUUUGCUGUCACCCCAGAGAGGAACACCUUCAAGUGGGUCAGAUAGAGAGCCCUUUAGUCCUGUAACCAUGCAGAGUCGGUCACAGCAGUGCCAUAAUCAGCUAAUGCAUCAUCCAGUAGAGACCCAAAAUAUGUCUCAUAAUCCUUACCAAAGCCACCAGCAAUAUUAUGGAUAUCAACAUCACAAACCACAUCUGAGAGAGAACAAUUCGAUGCCAGUAUACAAAGGACCCUUCUAUAAGUCUCCGAGCCAAUAUCUUCUUCUUCAGCAAGGAAAUCAAAUCCAUCAGCAGCAGCUUGCAUCUUAUUCAUUAGGCCAGCAAAAGCAACAAAUAUUAUUAGAUUCUCAGGAGAGCCAUGAGUCUGUUGGAUCACCAACUGAUAGCUACACUGAGGACUAUAAAGCAUCUGAGCAAAGAGUUUUCCAGGCUGGUCUACACACAUCCCAUUUCCAGGGGUCACAGAAUUUUCACUCAUUUUCCCACCAGAGUGAUCUCUACCAGCACCAGCAGCCUAAUGAACUAUCACACUCGUUCCCUUUUAAACAAAAUCCUUCUUUUGAAGAUCACUUGGGAUCAGGUGACAUUAUGCCAGGGUUUUCCAAUCCAAAGGAAGAGGUUUAUAUGGAUUUAAACUACCACCACAAACAGGAGGAUUUCUAUAGUUCCCAUUAUGAAAGUGUGGGGUCAGGGUUCAAUCAAACUGCUCAGCCACCAGCUCUGAGAGGAGGAGUACUUCAUCAUCUUAACUCUUACAGGCUGCCAUGUGGACAGAUGCACUCAUCAGAUAUUCAAGAGGACCAACUUUUACCCUAUUACAGGACGGAAGUACUUCGGGCUGAAGGGGCAAAAACAAACCUGAAAUGCAUUUUAUGUCACCGGGAGUUUAAGAGCUUGCCAGCUCUUAAUGGCCACAUGCGUUCCCAUGGAGGAUUCAAGACACAUCCCUCAACACUCAAAUCUGUUUCCUUACAGACUGAUGAACAAAUUCAGCUAUCUAAAGAAAUAAUUCCAAGUGACUCCAUAGUGUUCCCUGUGUCUGUUCCUGUGAAGGAUUACCCACUUCCCUCCAGGCUUCCAAAUAACUUUUCUAACCACCUGAGACAAAAGGAUUUGGAUGAUUCAGAUGAGAGUCCUCCACAGCGACAAAAGGUAAAAAGUUCAGUAGGAUCUGGAGAAUGUGCAGCAAAGCCAGAGAAAAAGCGCUAUCGCCACUGCCUGGUGCCACUUAUAAUUUCUCCAUGUGGCGCUGGUCUUGAGUCCAGAGGGCCGGUGCUUUUCCAGAGCCAGCUGCGUUCACCAAGCAGCUGCGGAGAUGGCAUUCCAUACACACCUCCACCAAUGCUCAGCCCUGUACGUCCAGGCUCUGGCCUUUUCAAGUGUGUUAAUGCAGGGCACCCGUGCACUGAAGCACAAACUGUUCCACGAGUUCGCUUGUGCAAGGAUAGUGACAAAUAUGACUGCAAUGUGACAUUAGGUUCAGGGGAUAAAUCAAGUAGCAUUAAACCCCGGAUCAAUAUUGGUUGCAAUUUUCAAGCAGACAUUCCAGAUAUUCAGAGUCACUCUAAAGCGGCAGAGGACAUCCAUAAGGCUAAUCUUCUGUGGACACCCUGUUAUUUGGAUACCCCUGAGAAGCAGCAGAGAGUGGAUGAUCUUCUGAAGAUGGCAUGUUCCAGUGUGCUUCCGGGAGGAGGGACGAACACAGAAUACACACUUCACUGUCUUUUUGAGUGUAGUGGUGAUAUCAUGACAACUCUGGAGAAACUGCUUUCCCUGACAGCGCUGAAACAUGUAUCCAGCCUUCACACAAAUUACCAUUAUGCUGGGUCAGAUAAAUGGACUCUACAAGAAAAGAGACAACUGAACAAGGCCCUGUUAAUUCACAACAAAGAUUUUCACCUCAUUCAGAAAAUGGUGAAGACAAAGUCAGUAGCUCAGUGUGUCGAGUAUUACUACACUUGGAAGGAGAAGCUUCGACUGGGCAGGAGAUUUAGCACAGGUCCAGUAACUCCAGUCCAAGCGAAAGAGAAUAGGGGUCAGUUGAAGGAAGGCAAUACCAGACAACCUGGACAUGAAAUAAAGAACAAAACUCAAGCAGCGGAAUUUUCUGAACUGUCUGACAUCAGUGGCGCAUUUGUUUGUGAAGUACCCAGAUCUGGGCCUAUGUUUAAUGGGAAUGAAUGGAACCAAAGUAACAGAGGCAAGCUGUGUAAUUCCCCAGCUGAACAUAACAGACCCAAAUCAGCUCAGCACUUUGCUCCUGGCUCUGUAAAAAGGUCACCUUCAAACAGUUCAACAAGUGGAGACACUGACUCAAAUCUCAUCUUCCCCUGCACUGAAUGUGGAAAAGUGUUUCCUAAGGUGAAAAGCCGCAAUGCUCAUAUGAAGAGUCAUAGACAACCAGACGAUCCGCAGUUUUGGCAGUUUCAAAGGCUUCCUGAACAGGAAAACAAGACAGUGCAAUCUAUCAACCCAACAGCUAAUCUGCUUCCAACUACUACCCCUAACUCCUCGUUUUGUAUUUUGCAGCAAUAAUGGAGACAUAAAACCAUUAUGCAUUAACAAUGCAAAAGCACUGCAACAAGCAGACUGCCUCUUGCAGAACCAGAACCUUAAAGAGUAAUAUGGUGACCGCUGCUGAGCUGGACCAAACUAAAUGGAACUGAUGUUUAAUGAGUCAAGUGUCAAAAUUCUGGCCAAAAUACCAUGGUUCAGAGAGUUUUUGUAAAAUCUGUAUCUUAUUAAAUAAAUGUUUGAGGUUUAUUAAUAGCGAGAUGCCAUUUGUUGGUAUAAACAAUUAUUCUAGCUAUCAGAAUAUCUUUGUUAACCUCAAGAGAUGUACUGUAAAUAUAACUGGCCCAACAGGCAAAAUGUCAUUAUAAGAUACAUUCUAGGACUAGUGAUGUGUCAGGUCUUGUUGUGUAUAAAGUAUGUUUUAUGACCUGUAAAAAUAAAACAACUAAGUUUUAAA